CCCGUGUCGACAGCUUCCGAAGCCUGCCUGGACCGUGAUCGCCGUAAGAUAGAGCCGGCUCCCCGGCAUUCGCCGAUGCGACGGCGGUCAACUAGCCAGCGGGGAAAUGAGAUUGGUCGGCGGAUGAAUGGGAUCAAUCGGGGACGACGGGUGCAUCCGCGGCUGGGUGCUGGAGGCGAGUCGGCACAAAGAGACACCGAAGGGGUCCUCGUGCUGCCAACUCCGUCCGGGGAGAGUGAUGAGCAUGCUCCCAGCAGCGGAGUGAUGAUGCUGAUCCUACUAAAAAGCAGCACCAACAGUCCCUACGAUUACAAACUUAUGGUUGAUGAUGAUGAUGAUGAUGGUGAUGGUGAUGAUGAUGAUGAUGUUGGUAAUGAUGAUGAUGAUGAUGAUGAUGAUGAUGAUGAUGAUGACGACGCACAGCGCCCUGUGAUGACAACAGGAUGAUGAUGGUGCCGAUGACGAGCGCCUUCCUAUGACUGACCGCUCCAUCGA